AUGCCCAAAAGGAAGUCGAGUUCCAAGCACGAUGACGGCCUGAGAGCCGCCCAGGUUCUAGAUACCGUCCACGACGAACUCAAAAAAAUUCGAGCUGCCCACGAACGACUCACCUUCGGCUUUCCCCACACCAUUCGCACUCUCGGCGUCAUCAACGGGCGUGAAUUGAAUGAGCUCGCCAUCAUAGCCGAUAGAGUGGCCCAGAGUGCCGACGACUUGCGCGAAAAGCUGGAAGCCAACGACCCGGCUAAGAAGUACUACGAGGCACGCAAAAAGCUCUGGGAUGUCCGCCAGGCCUCCCUGCAAGUCGCCCUCACGUACCGUCAGCAGGCAAGUGCAUUCAGCGAGGGGCUCGACGCAAUGAGACAGCUUAUCUGGGGCAGCCUGUCGAUGGUCACCGACUUGCUGAACGACGCUAGCUUGAAGCCACUUGAAGAGCUCCAGCAGCAGAGCGUGCGCACGGUCAAGAGAAAAUACUGUAAUCCCCAGGAUGUAUCGGCCAAAGACAUUGAGUCCACAAAGAACGAACACGUCCAGCCCUCCGUUGAGUCAGAGACACCUGAGGUCACCCCUCCAGCUUUUGUUCAGUCUGACCCAUACGAUUACAUGGACAUCAAUGCCGACCUCGGGGACGAUCCUCUCUUGGCGGAAUACAAGGCAAUAGUUGAGCGAGACAAGGUACUUGAAUUGUGA